AUGUGUUUUUCCGUUCCUCAGUAUGGAAACGAAACGCUUGGAUUGAAGUGCUAUCAUUGUAUCGGAUACCCUUCGGAUUGUCUGAGCAAUUCCAAAAAUUCGUUUCCUCUGGAAUGCAAUCCACUAAAUCAUGAAAAACCACAUGACAAUACAUCGUCAGUUAAAGACGAUUCGGAGGACUGGGUGUGUUUGACAGAGAAGUUCAAAUACAAAGGCCAGGAGGUAGUGUUCAAAAAGUGCGAAAGAAACAUAGAUAAUUAUCAUUACAAUCCAACAGAAGAGUUCGUGACGGUAUCUACCAGCUGUAGCACGGACUUGUUGCCGUUGGAGCGGGUGGUGGCGUUGGUCGGCAAGCCGAGUUUCCUGCCGUGCAACAUAUCGCCGAGCCAGAAGGACGACUCGCCGCACCUCAUACUCUGGCUUCGCGAGGACCGCGAUGGAUCGCCGACGUCGAUAUACAGUGUGGACGCACGUGACCGGGACUUCAGUUUGGCGCAGCACUGGUCCGACGAGAAGGUGUUCUGGAACAGGGCGCACUUUGAGCUGCACAAGCAGCCGGCCCAGCUUGGCAUCGACAACGUGCGCGAGGACGACGCGGGCAUGUACAGGUGCCGGGUCGAGUUUCGCUUCGGCCAGACUCGCAACUCCAACGUCAAUCUCACCGUCAUUGUGCCACCGGAGAACAUAACGAUACUGAACGAGAACGGCGACGUGCUGAGAUCAAGCGCCGGACCUUACUACGAGGGGGACGACCUGAGGCUUUUCUGCGACGUUCACGGUGGUAAGCCACCACCUAUGGUCAGCUGGUAUCGUAACGGGGAGUUCGCGGGCAACGCGAGCCACAGCCAGAGGGACGGUCUGACGCGGAGCGAGCUACGGUUGAAGAAUCUCGGCCGCAGGGACGUGGACACGCGGAUCACCUGCAACGCUACCAACAACGACAGGUCCAGUCCCUUGUCCGUCAACGUCACCCUCGUCAUGUACUUCCAGCCACUGGAGGUCAGUAUAAAGGGCAACAAUCAGCCGCUCUCGGCGGGCAGGCGAGUCGACGUGGUCUGCGAUUCGUCGGGCAGCCGGCCGCCGGCGGUUAUCACUUGGUACAAGGACGACCAGGAGCUUUGGAACUCGACGAAUGUCACGAUGAACAGCGGCAACACGACCAGCAGCGUACUGUCCUUCGUGGCGAGCAAGUCCGACGCGGGCAGGAACCUGACCUGCCGGGCGAAAAACCCGACCAUGAAGGCCUCCCCGGUGAUCGAGGACAGCUGGACCCUGCGAGUACAGUACACGCCCGAGACGAGGAUCCAGUUGGGCGCCAACCUCAACCCGGACGACAUAAAGGAGGGCAGCGACGUCUACUUUGACUGCAUAAUCGAGGCCGAGCCAUCGGUCUAUAAGGUCGAGUGGAGGCAUCAGGGAAGGACCCUCAGCCACAACGUCUCGCAGGGCGUCGUGAUAAGCAACCAGAGCCUCGCCGUGCGCGGCUUGACGCGGAAAAACGCUGGCAACUACGUGUGCGUCGGCUUCAACGUUGAGGGCGACGGUAUCAGCCAGCCCUUUUAUUUGAACGUCAUGUUCGCACCGACGUGCUCGCCGAACCAGACGAAAAUACACGGGGUGGCGAAGCAGGAGAACGCCACCAUACCCUGCGAAGUGGACGCCAACCCGCCCGAGGUCAUCUUUCACUGGACCUUUAACAACUCGGCCAUGAGCACCGAGCUCACCCCGAGGCACUUUACGAGCACCACCACGAGAUCCACGGCCACGUACACGCCCACGAUAGAGCUCGACUACGGCACCCUCCUCUGCUGGGCCGAGAACAAAAUCGGCCAACAGCAGGCCCCCUGCGUCUAUCACAUCAUACCAGCAGGUCACCCGGACGCCGUGCACAACUGCACGAUAACGAACACGUCGAAGAGCGCGUUCGCCCUCCAGUGCAGCCCGGGCUUCGACGGUGGCAUGUCGCAGUCGUUCCAGCUGGAGGUGCGGGAGAGCGGCAGCCACAGGCUCACGGCGAACUUGACCUCGAGCCUCGCGCGCUUCAGCGUCGGCAACCUCGAGGCCGGCUCGCUCUACCAGGCCCUCGUGUACGCCUACAACGCCAAGGGCCGCAGCGAGCCCGUGCUCCUCCAAGCCGGCACCCUCAGCCCACCCGAGAAGCAAUUAACCUCCGACUCGGAAAAGCCCCACCCAACGAGCAACCCCACGGCCAUGAUGAGCGUGAUAAUAGGGGUCGUGGUGGCCCUGGUGAUCGUGAUGGCGAUAGUCGUGGUGAUAGUGCGGACGUACCAGUCGCCCGUUGACGAGCAGGCCAAGUCCUCGCACGCCGAGGACAACAAUUGCAACAGCAGGAAGCACUGCGCGGCCAAGCCGCCGACGAUACAGCGCGAGUUGCGCUUCCGCGAGUGCGGCAGCCUCAUCACCGACGAGAUCAAGCUGCCCGACUCGUUCGGCAAACUCGACGCCAUCAGCACGGGCGGCGACGCCAGCGAGUCGGACGAGAAGAACCCCGACAUCAUACCCCAACAGCAGAUCACCGGUACGUUUGCCACAGGGGAGGAGGUAUCGGAGUACCUGAGAAAGAGGCGGCUGGUGUCGACGAUAGAGACCUCGCCGUCCCGAGUGGGGCUGCUCGAGAGAUCGGCCCUGGCGGUGGGCCCGAGGCCCAACUACGCCGGCUACUGCACCAUACGCAGCAGCAUGCCCCUCAGGGAGCUCUCCAACUCCGUCAAGUUCAAGCCCAAGCCUCAGCAUCAGUUCCAGCCAAUGGCGAGCGAGGUCUGCGAGAGCGGCAUGUGCACGCUGCCCCGACAGCACUGGGCGAGCCACCACCACCACCACCACCACCCGCACCAGCAGCAACACGUGUCCUCGACGGCGGUGGCGUUGAGUUUGGCGGGCCCGCCCUCGGUGCUGUACACGACGGGCAGUGGGGCGAUAAGCGUGGUACGGACGACCCCCAGCGGGUGUCCUGUGCUCCUCGCCAAGGAGGUCGUCGAGGCGAGACUGGCCCAACAGCAGCCCCAGUUGUCGACGACACCACCACCACCAAUCCCACCGAUGGGCCAAUGUUGCGUCCAGGGCUCACCGAAGGAGGCGCCACCCCCAACGCUCAAGCCCCCCCUCGUCCCGCCCGGCAUACUCGUGACCAAACGCGAGAGCUCGGUGUGACCCAGACCAGCCUAAGGACUUAUACAAUUGUACAUUGCUCCGUAUAAUAUGUUAUACCGCGAUCACACGUGUCAUUAUGAUGAUGAUAUACUAUACACAAGUGAGACGCCGCCUCGGUUGUUUCCUCUCUUGGCCCCUACAUUGGAUACUUGUGUGUACAUAAUGUAUAUAAUACAUGCACUAUGAAAAAAAAAUAAUUAAAUGACAAGUAAAUAAAAGUCACCGUGGCAAGGGUAAACUCGCGUGAAUGAAUGAAUAAAGGCUCCCACCGUCUGCGCGUAUAAUUACCAAAACUCUGGAUUUCCAAACGUUUGGGGAAAAAAAAAUCCCGAAACUGGAGCAAAUCAACCUCGAGAACAGCCGAGCAAUUUUUUAUUUCAAAGUCCGACUCUGCGCGCAGAGCAAAAGCCCGAGUCGACGACGAGAGUUUAUUAUUUCAUUGAUUGAUCAACUCGGAGGACACGGGGCGAAUCGUUCAAAGCGCCACGCGCGCGAGCAAUUUUUUUUUCUUUCAGCAUAUGUAUAUAUAUAUACAUGUUACUUUCCUCCCAAAAUUCCAGAGGCAUUCCAAUCGUGCGUGCGAGAGAAUAAAUAAAAA